UGGAGAUGCUGAUCGGGACCCCGCCGCAGGCGUUAAAUAUUCUGGUUGACACUGGGAGCAGCAAUUUUGCUGUAGCAGGUGUGCCUGAUGCUGAUGUCACAUCCUACUUCAAUCCUGAGCUGUCGAGCACAUACAGAUCUCAAGGGGUUGAGGUGACAGUGAAGUACAGCCAAGGCAGCUGGACGGGAGUGCUGGGCACAGAUGUCAUCACCAUGCCCAAGGGACUCUACGGCAGCUACACCAUCAACAUUGCCACCAUCCUGGAGUCAGAGAACUUCUUCCUGCCAGGGGUUAAAUGGCACGGGAUCCUUGGUCUUGCCUACGAUGCCUUAGCCAAGCCCUCGAGUUCUGUGGAGACAUUCUUUGAUUCCCUCGUGAGGCAGGCAAAGAUCCCCAACAUUUUCUCCCUGCAGAUGUGUGGUGCUGGACUCCCUGUUUCUGGAAGUGGUACCAACGGAGGUAGUCUUGUGCUGGGUGGAAUUGAGCCGAGUCUGUACAGGGGGGAUGUCUGGUACACACCCAUCAAAGAGGAGUGGUACUACCAGGUUGAAAUCCUCAAACUGGAGGUCGGGGGACAGAACCUGGAGCUGGACUGCAGAGAGUACAAUGCUGAUAAAGCCAUAGUAGACAGUGGAACCACUCUCCUUCGACUGCCAGAGAAAGUCUUCAGUGCCGUGGUGCAGGCAAUAGCUCGCACGUCCCUGAUACAAGAAUUCUCUUCUGGUUUCUGGACUGGUUCACAGCUUGCAUGCUGGGAUAGAACUGAAAAACCCUGGUCCUUGUUUCCCAAACUCUCCAUUUACCUGAGGGAUGAAAACUCCAGUAGGUCGUUUCGGAUCUCUAUCCUACCACAGCUUUAUAUUCAACCCAUCCUUGUGAUAGGAGAUAAUUUGCAGUGCUACCGAUUCGGCAUCUCCUCCUCCACAAACGCUCUGGUCAUCGGUGCUACAGUCAUGGAAGGAUUUUAUGUCAUCUUUGACAGAGCCCAGAGGAGAGUGGGCUUUGCAGUGAGUCCCUGUGCAGAAGCUGACGGCUCUCCCGUCUCUGAGAUCGAGGGCCCUUUCACCACAGCGGACGUCGCCAGCAACUGCGUCUCCAGCGUUUCCUUCCACGAGCCCGUGCUCUGGAUCGCCUCCUACGCCCUGAUGAGCCUGUGUGGGGUCAUCCUGCUGGUCCUCAUCGUCCUGCUGCUCAUCCCACCCCGCUGCCAGCACCGCUACACGGACAAUGACGUGGUCAACGACGAGUCCUCCCUCGUGCGCCACCGGUGGAAAUGAGAGGCUGGAUCCCCAAAACAGACUUAAAAACAGGACCAAGGACAAAGAGCUCUGCCAAGGGGAAGAAGCCAAUGCCUCCUCAGUCCUUUCUAUGUUCCUACAGAACGCUGUUGAAAAUCCCACCAAAUAUCCUGCAUCGUGACUUUUAUAGCUUUAUUUUCUAACACCGGUUCUGAACCAAAGCACUGUUAGCCACCUCUGAAGUGCUACGGUACUGGAUUUGCUACUGCAGUACAAUGAGCCUUUAUGCUCUCUACAGUACCUUCUUUAAAAAAAAAAAAAGCAAACCAAAACUAAAAAAAAAGUUUUAAAAAAAAAUAUAAAGAAAACACACCAUGAUGUUCUUCCGCUGUCUGAACAAAAUUGCCCAUCUCUCUUUCACAAAAAAAAAGGAGCUGUCAGUAUUUUCUAACUAAUCGAGCCUGACUGUAGAAAAAGAGAAAAAAAUUAAUACUCUUUCUUAUUAAUUGCAUUAAAUGAAUACUGCUUUCUGUUUACAUCAGUUUAUUUUGAAACUGUGCUUAUGAUGUGGGGGAGGGAGAAAAGCCAGACUUAAGCAGCAGAGAAAAAGCAAGGGAGAUGAAGAAGAAAUGUUGGUUUGUGGUUUCUUUCCCUCAGGAUCACUGCUGCCACUUGAGAGGGUCACCCUCCCUGAGAGCUGUAACAAAAUAGUCCAAGGUGGUGAAAACUGGGAAUCAAACUUGUUCAGCCUUAGAGUAAAACAAGACUACCUCUCUUAAUUUACAAGGAUGCUACCACUGGUGAGUGUGUGGAUUAGAACUGGUCUUGAAGCACAAAGAUGCUCCACACAACCAAAUGUAACGGCUUGGCUUUGAAUGUUUUUUGGAUUUUAUAAAAAUUAAUACUUCAUGGCGUUCCACUUUGGUGCACAAAAAAAAAAAAAAGAAACCUUUCAGUUUCCCCCACCUCGUGUAGGGUUUUGUUGGGCUUUUUCUGAGUUUGAUAUUUAGAAAAGGCUGAUCUGCAUAUGUAUGGACAGACAAUGUGAGGUCUGUGUUCUGCUGUAUUUCUAGGGAAGGUGUAACAAAAAGAAAACAAAAUAAGAAAGACAACUUUUUUUUUUCUUUUUUUUUUUUUUUUUAAUUUGGCUGAGCUCAGCAACCUUGAAAUUCAAAGGAGAAGUACCUGUCUGUAUGGACAGGCUGUGAAGUGAAAGUCUUUAUGCUGGCUGGUUUUUCAGCUCAAGCAGCAGUUGGAGGUGUUCAUUUUGGCAUCAAUCAAAUGAAAAGUGUGUUUGUCCUGCCUGGAUGAAAACAAACACGUGGUGGGACUGGAAACAACAGUGGGAGAAGGCAGGGGAGGAUGUAUUUGACCAGGUUUCCAUUCUGCAAAUGCAGAUCAUCAUGCUGAGGUCAGAACGAGGUGUUUUCUUUGCAGAUAGGACAAUUUUUCUUUUCUCUAGUUGCAGGCUUCUCUGUAACACUGGCCUAAGUGUUUGGAUUGGAAAGAUAAACAGUGCAAGGCUGAGGAUUUUUUUAUACAUGAAAAAAGGAAAAUAUAUUCCUUUGCAUUUUGAUAGCAGAGCAGUUUGUUAUCUGUAUGGGAAAUGAGGAGAAAAAAAAAAAAGCUUAGCUCUGAAUUUCCCAAUCCCUUGCCCAGACAAUUUUCUGCCCAAAAUCCUUUCAUAUUGCUCUGUGAUUCACACUGCCUCUGUAUCUGACUCUGCGUGGAAUAAGGAAAGAUUUUUUUAUUUUUUUUUAAUUUUUUUUUCAGGAAUGGUGCAUUUACACAGAUGCACGUCAUGUGUGUGAAAAUAAAACACUGUGGGGUUUUUUUUUUAACUAACUUAUGUCUUUCACGUCAUAACUGGAAGUGCCUGUGGUUUUCUUUUCAAUUCUUGCACUUUCAGAUUGCUUGGCUCAGUAGAGUAAAAUAAUUGAUGCUGUGAUUCAAUGUCUGAAAAUGAUUUCUUGUGGAAUUUGGAGUUGGAAACAGGAAGGAAUUUUGAGCUUGUCUCCUUCUUCUUCUGCCUCUUAGUUUUUAAGAGGAGAAAAAUUGUGAAUUACAUGAAAUAAGCCAUAGAGCUUAGCUGUUUUCUCAGUGUUCUACUUUCCAUAUCUCUUUCUAAAUAUCUUUAAAUUAAGAAUUACACAUUGUUCUCCUGGGUUUGGUUUUAACAUAUAAGAACUCCAGAGGUGUAUUCCUUCUUUUUCUACCCUAUGGCAAUAGAAGUUAUGCUUCUGUCACUUGUUCCAAACCAAAACACAGUAUGGAUUUUGGAUGGAUAGUGUUAAACAAUAAACCCUCUUUCAAUUCAGAAAGUGAAAACGACUUGUAUGCUCUUAAAAAGUUUCACUUCAUUGCUCCCCUCGCCUCAGAACCUUCCUAUCUCCUCACCACACAGAGUUUUAGGAAGGAAUUUAUUGGGAAAGGUUCUGAGUAGGAUCUUUAGUGAGAGUUCUUCUGAGUUGGUGAACAAAGUCUUCUUUGUGCACUGGAUUUCAUAUAAAAGAUUGAAGUAUUACCCUUUCCCUUUGAAUGUCCUCGGUCAAGAUAUUUUGAGGGAAACACUUGAAUGAGGAGGAGCAAUAACCAAGUAGCACAAACGAAAUACAGAUAUAUUCUUGAGUUUUCCUGGCAUUCCUUCACACUAAAAAUGUGGCUCCUGGUAAAAAUGCUGUGAGUGACACCUGCUCACAGCACAAACUUCAUCUGGGCUUGUAAAUUGAUCCUGGCGGAAAUUCAGGUGAGCAUUGCUUUGUUGCUCUGGCAACAAGGAGAGCAAUGGAAACCCUUGAGAGUUCAUUUUUAGCCUCCAACACAUUAAGAAAAAUAAUGUUCUCGAGCAGUUUUGUAUGGAAGAUGAAACACAGUGAUAGUUACAUAGAUAUAGUUACACUAUAACCAUGUGUGGUCACUUGGUAACUCACAGUGAUCUCUUUCUCUGAUAUAUUUCAAAAAAUGUAUAUGUUUUGAGAUAUGUUCCUGUUAACCAACUUCAGCUGUAAGAAUAAACCACACCUUAAAAAAAAUAGAAAGGAGGGAAGAGGAGUGAAAAAAACCAGAGCAUUGAGUAAAGAUGAUACUGGAAAAUAUCCUUUAUUUAUAAUAGAAGACAGGAUGCUCCAAAUCACAGCACUCCAAACUAUCCCUUGUAAGAAAUAUCAAUAUUUCUUGCUGACCCAGCUCUCCUCUGAUGGGAAUGCAACACCACGUCCCAGGAAAGUGUCAGAAAGUUGUGUUCCCCUGGCUGCAGCCUCGCAGGUAAUCUGAUACCAUCGGUGAGAUAGCCAGGGAUUUCAGGGGGUGUGCUUUGAGUUGGAGUGGUUAAACCUGAGCCCAGCCCUGGGAAUAGGUUCAUUCUAUCGCGCUGCCUUUGCAAGUUUUAGAAAUAUUAUCACGGGUUUCUUGGCACAAUUCAAAUGCUGAGAGAAAUAGAUGAAGCGUUUUAAUAAGGCUUUUGUUCAGGUGCUGUGAAAGAAGUUAGGUGGAGGGGAUUGUUCUGUUUUUAAGGUGAAGGAUUGUGUUUAGGAUGUGCAUGUUGCAUCAACCUAAAUGCAAUGUAGCAACGGGUUUUGGUAUCUCUUGUGCUCAGCAGCUGUAAAAUUUAUCAGUGAAAGUCAACCUAUGAGUACCCAAUUCUUGUGUAUUGGCUGGCUUUGUCUUACUGAAGGAUUUCCUUUUAAAUAUUAAAAGGCUUGUGAGAGUUGCACAGCACUGCACAUUUCCAGAGAGAGAAAGAGAGAUCCUUAAAUUUUCCAGUAUUACAAAAUUAUUGUGCUGCUGGAAGUUUGUUUGAUUUCCGUAGGGGUUUCCAGAAACUGGGCUGGUGUUGGUUGUCAUAUCCUUAUAUCAGACAUUAAUAUAAAUAGCAAUAUGAGUGGUGCAAUGAAAGGUGUUGGUACAGUGACCUGUGGAGGUGCAAUUAAAGGGAAUUGCAGAAAGAAAAAUAAAUGGGAUGCCUUUAGCUUCAUUAAAAAUUACAAGAGCAUAACAGAUUGAUCCUUUGCAUAAAAUGCUGUACUUUUUACCAAGACAUUAGUUCCUGUCAAACUUGACUCUCUGAUUGAUAAAUUGUUCAUUUCUGGCUGCUGAAGUCCUUGCUGCUGUUGAGAGAAGUGAAGAUAGGUUGGUAAUGAGAUACGAGCAUUCUUCUGAGCCAGUUAGAUUUGCUGGAUUUUGAGGCUUAACUAGAUGCUAAUCCAGGCUUGUGAGUAAUCCAGCAUCCUGGGAAUGGCUCUUUGGGAAUGCUAGCAGAAACACUUGGCUUCAGCCAAACCCCUGGGUGAGAUGGAUCCAAAACACAAAAGGCACAGUGAGACAGCAGCUGCUGAGAAGCUGCUGUAGGUGCAACAUCCAACAAUCCCCAUUUCCUUUGGCAAGGGCCCACUUGCCUGAAUAUUCGGGAAACCAGCACUCCAAGGUGCCUUUUGGUGCUACUGGGAAUUAUCCACUCCCAGGUGAAGACAGGGCACGACCAUCUUUAGACUGGACCAUUUCCCAGCUGCUGAAUAUUCCCCUCUCCAUGUAACAGUGCACACAGAGCUGUUGCUCACCCCCAGCACUGGCACUUGUGAGCAGCAGGACAGGAGAUCAUAAAACAUGCUGACAUCAAUGACUGUGCAGUAGUAAUAUAAGAAAGGUUUGUAUUUGGCCAGAUUUUUGUGGUCGGGUGGUCUUUGAAAUACUGGGAAUUUUAGAUUAGAUCGUGAAGGCACACACAGAAUUUCUUGUGAGCUAGCCAAAAGUAAAACCCAAAAGAUAAUUUUUAAAAUUUUAAAAAAAGGAGCUCUCAAUUAGUGUUCUCUUCCUUUUUAUUUUUUUUUUAAUUGAUAACAAUCACUUAAAUAUAUUUUAGUAUAGUCGCUGUCCUACUAAUUCACUGGUUGUAAAUCUGAUUUUUCUGAUUUGUCUUCUAGGCCAUUCACCCCUUCGCAUUCCCCCCCAAAAGAAGUUGCUAAAAGGUUAAGAUCUCCAUUUUCCAAUUUCAGCUUUCUAACAAAUGACAUGUUUUUCUUGUUUAUCAUUCACAGACCUGUUUUAAAGUAGUUCUUUAAUGCUUUAAAAAUUAACUGUAGGUUGAAAAUCCUUUCAGUGCAAUUAGGAGAAGAAUUGGAGCCAGAGCUUUACCUGUGCCAAUGGUCCCUGAAUUUUAAUGUGUGCCAAGAACUCCUUUGUGCAUUUGACUAUGUUCCCUGGACUUCUUUCACAUCCCACUUGGAAAUACACCCUGGUGCUGUAUAUUCUCAUUUUUCUCCAUCCUCAGGAAGUACAGGGUGGAGAGGAGGACCACAAGGAGCUCUGAGAGCUCCAUCCAUGACAUUUCUUGUCCUAAAAACAACUCCAGCUGAGCAACUGAAUUUGCUCUGAUUUUACAGCAAUGUGUAUUUAGGCAGAACACUCGAAUAAAGGACAUUGUUUGUAACAAUCCUCUCAUCCCGUCCCCCUCUGAUGAGGGAAAUUUUCACAGGGCCAAGUCAAACCUGCACAGGGCAUGUUUAUUGCUGUGUUCUCAGAGAGGAGUUAUAGAGCUGAAUGUUUAAAUGGCUUUAUUUGCAGCAUGGCUGUCCUUUGGAAAAUUCUGUGGUUAAAAAAAAAAAAAAAUGGAGUUAAGAAUGUUUAGAGGUAAUAAAAAGACAACAAUUUCUUGAUGGCACAAAGGUGUGGAUUAUUGCAAUAUGUGCUGGAAAAAAUUGCUUUGGUAGCCAGUACUCUGUGUGUGCAGAAACUAUACAAAGUUCAGUGUUUAAGACUUACCUGGAACAGGCAGUUCACUUUUUUUAUUGCAAAUUUUAUAUGGAGAUGCAGAGAUCUUUUAAGGCUUUUAACACUACAUUAACUGUUACUUGAUAGUUAUUCAGGAAGCGUGGAAAGGAUUUCACCUUUAAGGAAAUUAUUCCAGCUUAGAGAGGCAUUUCUUCACCUGUUGUUUUGGUUUGGUUUGGUUUUUUUUUAUUAGACAAGGUUUUUAACAUUGACUGAAAAGAAAAUGGGAUCAAAACUUUGAAUAAAGGGGUAUAGUCUUUCUAAAUUCAAUCUUCAGGUUAUGUUAGGAUCUCUAUCCCACUUACUGUCAAGCCGCAUUACUCAAUUUUCCAAAAACUGAUACUUUGUACUUUCAGGUCUUGCCAUUUUCAGAUAAACACUAUGUAAAAAAAUCAGAUUUUAUGCUGCGUAAAAUAAAUGAUUAAUUCUUUCAACCUA